GACAGACUCACCGUAGAGGUGGCGGUGGUGGCGGCCGUAGGACAGACUCACCGUAGAGGUGGCGGUGGUGGCGGCCGUAGGACAGACUCACCGUAGAGGUGGUGGCGGGUUGUAGGACCAGACUCACCGUAGAGGUGGCGGUGGUGGCGGCCGUAGGACAGACUCACCGUAGAGGUGGCGGUGGUGGCGGGCUGUAGGACCAGACUCACCGUAGAGGUGGCGGUGGUGGCGGGUUGUAGGACCAGACUCACCGUAGAGGUGGCGGUGGUGGCGGCCGUAGGACAGACUCACCGUAGAGGUGGCGGUGGUGGCGGCCGUAGGACAGACUCACCGUAGAGGUGGCGGUGGUGGCGGGCUUAGGACAGACUCACCGUAGAGGUGGCGGUGGUGGCGGCCGUAGGACAGACUCACCGUAGAGGUGGCGGUGGUGGCGGGCUGUAGGGCAGACUCACCGUAGAGGUGGUGGCGGGUUGUAGGACAGACUCACCGUAGAGGUGGUGGCGGCCGUAGGACAGACUCACCGUAGAGGUGGCGGUGGUGGCGGCCGUAGGACAGACUCACCGUAGAGGUGGCGGUGGUGGCGGCCGUAGGACAGACUCACCGUAGAGGUGGCGGUGGUGGCGGCCGUAGGGCAGACUCACCGUAGAGGUGGCGGUGGUGGCGGGCUGUAGGGCAGACUCACCGUAGAGGUGGCGGUGGUGGCGGCCGUAGGACAGACUCACCGUAGAGGUGGCGGUGGUGGCGGGCUGUAGGGCAGACUCACCGUAGAGGUGGCGGUGGUGGCGGCCGUAGGACUCAGACUCACCGUAGAGGUGGUGGCGGGUUGUAGGAAGGGCUGACGCACGACGAAGGCGUCGCUCUCGCCACGCCGAUGGUGGCGCAGGGCCAGCUGCCGCUGCUGCAGCGCUGGAUCGGCGAGGGGAAGCUGCGGCCGAGCGAGCAGCUGGCGGACGUCCUCUGCGACGCGGAGAGGGGCGGGCCGGCGGCGGCGCUGCCGAUGUACCGGGAGGCGGGCGUGGACGAGAAGGCGACUCUCUGCCUCGUCGAGACGGGCGACCUCGAGGCGCUGCGCGAGGAGAGCAGGAGAGCGGCCCGCCGGAUGCCCGCCGGAUGGGCCGAGACGCACUACGCGAGAUGA